GAGAUUAACAUAGGCCACCCAGCCUUCUGUCCUCUUCAAACUGAAACUGAUAAUAGCCGUCAAAUAGUGCCCGGGAAUUGAACUUCGAGCUACAGCAAUUCGAUUGAAAGGCUACCAUCGUAGGCCAGUAAAUUCUUUUACAUGGCUACUGAGCUUUCCUGGAAGCCUCUGAGUCUUUUUUACGUAGAAUAUCCUGAAGGUAAGAAGAUAUUUGUUUUCGUACGUACUUCAAGCUGAUGCUUUCGGAAAGCUACUGGCGUAUUCCAGUAUGGUGCCAAUAUUUAUAGUUUUCAGCAUCAUAACCCUUAUUAUGUCGAGAAGAGAUUUGCAUACGAUAUUUUAUUUUUGUGGUUGCCUGAUCAAUGAGUUGAGUAAUUAUUUUCUCAAAUACAUCAUUAAGCAGCCAAGGCCUUUCCCAACCAUUCAUCUAGGUAUUAAGUCAUCAGGUAUGCCUUCAAACCACGCGCAAUUCAUGGGCUUUUUCUGUGUUUACAUUGGAUUUUUCCUAUUCAUAAGGCUCAAUCAGCGAUCCUUCAGUCGCCAGUUCACAACAUUUGUUUACUUAGUCUGUGCAUCAGUUACUGCAGUAGUUUGUUACAGCAGGGUUUAUUUAUUGUACCAUACUUCUACUCAAGUUUUAGUUGGGAUUAUAAUAGGUGGAAUUUUCGGGAUGAUCUGGUUCCUAAUUGUUCAGUAUGCAAUAACACCAAUAUUUCCGCGGUUCACUGAUAGUUGGAUUGGUCAAUUAUUAAUGUUGCAAGACUUUACACAUAUCAACAAUCUUAUGCAUUUUGAAUAUACUAUUGUGCAGAAUUACAUUCAUAGAACGAAAUCCGAAAGGCCCACGUGAGAAUAUAGCGUUUUUUUUUCAUUUAUGAACUAUUUUUGCGACCAGUUUUUUUCUAAUAAACAACUUAUUAGCAUUUCUCGUUUUUCUUAUAUUGUGCGUAACGUCCUGUUAUCUACUAGCGCAAUCUUGUCAUUUUGCAGACCCUCAAAACUUCAGUUGAAGAGAAAAGAUAUCAUUGUUACAAAAGAUACAUGUACAAGUACUUGGAUCCACUGAAUAAUGUUACAUAUAGAACCACACUGAAGAACCAAUAAACAAGUCUUCAUCUGUAAGUUCAUGGAUGUUCUAAUUCUUCUGGACGUAUCGGCCUCGUCAUUGGUAUGACAGAUCGUUUAAGCACAUCCGCUGAAAGUGCUUUUCUCAUAUCUAAGGAAAUUGGAAAGAUAACUUAAAACAUUGUUUUUGAAUUGCAUGUAGUAUACUUUAUAUUUAAUAUUAGAUUUGCAUUGUUUCCCAAAGUAAGAAAUAAUGGAACUGAUAGUUCCACUCAGUAUAGUACAGAAGUAAAUGAGUGAACAAAUAUAAAUGAUAUAAGUAACGAAAACUGACUCAAACUUAAAUAAAUAUUCACAAACACCAAACAAUUAUGUAAAGUUGGUUAAUAAUUUGCUUUAAAGUGGACAUUUAGUGGAAAGGGUAACUCAAAAACUUAACAUUCAGGAGUUGGACAAUCCAAUCUUAUUGGACAGGCACACUAAAUUUGAGACCGAUUAAAAGCG